AUGUUGGUUACCAGAGUGCUCCAGGCGCUAGUGUUUGUGUACGGCGUGGUGGCGGUGCUGUACCGCGAGUUCCACUUGACUCCCGCCCGGGCGGGGGCGUGUGUGAUGGUGGAGCUGGUGCUGAACGCCACGGCGCUCGAGUUGAAUCUCCAGACACCCUACCUCCGCCCGCUUCCUUUGAUCAUUGGCGACUACCGCGACGGCAUCAACGUGCCGCAAUGGCCUAAUUUGGACGAGUUCUACAACGAUACCUACAUUAAGGGCCUGUUGAACCGGUUGGUCGACUACUCGCCCGCCACUCAGGAAUUCACGUUUAAACGCCGCCUGAUGCCCGACCACUGGGUCACCGAGACAUUCAACCAGAAAUUGACCACUAAUUUGACUGCCCCGGGUGUGUUUUGUCUCUACGUGCCGAAACUGCCGGAAAACCCUCCUUACCUCAUUAGCGUGAAGGUAGUGGACGAACCGCUUGUCAUAGAACUUCCUGGCCACUUGUACAACCACUUGGUGCUGAUGGCGUUGCUGGUGGUGGCAAUCACCAUCUUUAAGCUCAUUGGUGCCCCUACCCCCAUUGCCAACGUUGUCGCUAUUAACUUGAUUGUAAUGACAAUGAUUGCUGCAACUGAAUACUUAUGUCUCCAAUUCCCCUUGGAUACCUCAGGGUUACAGGAAAUGCUUAGCGAUUUCAUCUACAUUGUUGAAAAUAAUGAAGGCAACGUCAUCUUGGCCUCGAUCCCCUUGGCCUUGAUUCUGGCGUACCUGGGCUUCCGCUGGUGGUUCCCCGCGACGUUCACCAUCUACUUAUCUGGUUGGGUGAUGCGUGAAGUGGUGUUCGGCAUGUUCCUCGCCAUCCCUCAAGAGUUCCAAGUGAAGAAGAUCUCCGUUAACGGUAUCCCCUGGGACGUCGUCUACCAGCUGGUGGUGACGUUUGUCCGCUACGCCGACUCGGUUAAACCCUACCUCCACCGGGUCACCGAUGCCAGCGCUACCGCUGCCGUGGUGUACUUUGCCCUCUCGAUGUCGGCUAUCGUCAACGGCACCAUCGCCUUGGGCUUUGUCUGCUUGUGGAGAUUGCGCAAGAAAACCAACGAGUUCCACGCCUGGCGCAAGUCGGUCAACGGCGCCAUGCUCGUGUUCUUUGCCUACUACGUCGUGGGUAAGAAGAUGCUCAUGCAAUUGCCGCAACUCGCCGGCCCUCUUUCGUUUGGCGGUGCUUCGGACUUUGCCGAAGUGCUUGUGUUAACCCCCAUGAUCCUCGCUGAACACCAGGUGGUUGAGACCGUGCUUGACUUCGUGGGAGUGCUCUUAGUGUGGGGUAUUUGGUGGCUCCGCUCGCCUAAGGAAGAAGGCGAAGAGACCGAUAAGAAGACGAUUAAGGCCCCCACCAAGGCGAAGAAGGGCGACAAGAAGGGCAAGAAGGACACUAAGAAAACUCAGUAA